AUGAGGCAGGCGCUGAAGCCAAUGUAUAUCAGGGCAGUUAGGGGAUACAGCACUCUGUCGUACAUGGCGGCGACCACCCUGGGCGGCUUCCCUCCUGUGGAGCUCCUCGCCGAAGAACGACGUAUCCUUUAUUGGAUAAUCAAGGAGCUCCGCGAGGAGGGGGAGCUAACAGCCAGGGACCUGCGGGCCUUACAGACCCAAGCCGUGGCCCGUACCCAGGAGAUGUGGAGGGACGCACUGCAGUUGGCCCCUAGGGUGCGUAAGGCUGGGCUGGCUGUGGCCAGCCUGAUGCGCGCCCAAAGGCACCUAGGAUGGCGGGAUCGCCGCCUGUACAUUGGUGCGGUUCUCUCGAUCGCCCUGUACGGGGCACCCAUAUGGGCGCCCCAGCUGCAGGCCAAUUCCGCGGCCAGAUGCCUGCUGCGGCAGGCCCUAAGGUCGCUGAUGAUCAGGGCGAUUCGAGAGUUUCGCACCGUGUCGUACAUGGCGGCGACCACCCUGGCCGUUUCCCCACCCGUGGAGCUCCUAGCCGAGGAGCGGCGCAUCCUCUACUCGAGGGUGAAGGAGCUCCGCGAGACGGGGAAGUUGUCGGCCAGGAGCCUGGAGGCCCUGAAGACCCAGGCCAGAGCUCGGAUCCUAGAGCGGUGGGAAGGCGUUUUAGCCGACUCCCGAGGGUCCGGGCUCGCAACGGCCGAGGCUGUCCGCACCUGCCUGGCUGAGGUAUCAGGCAGGAGAGGGCGUGAAAUGUCCUUCCACCUGGUGCAGGUGCUGACCGGCCACGGUUGCUUCGGGAAGUACCUGCACAGGAUCAGGAAGGAGCCCACUACUCGGUGCGGGAGCGUCCCAGAUGCGCACAAAAUAAAACGAACACAGCAGGUUGAAUGA